AUGGCUGAAGCGCGAAUGCGAGUGAAACGAGAAACGCGCGAACAAGCAAGGCAACACCGUUAUACCCUUCUCGAGAAACGUGUCGAAGAAGAAGCUGAGGCAUAUCGGCAAGAUGCUGCGUCAACAUCGAAUGGCCUGCAGGGUUGCAACGAGGGCAGUACAGUAUUGCAGGUGUGUGCAUGCAGAUUUGAACUGUUUUUAACUGUUUAA